AUGUAUGUCAAUUAUCAACCGUGGGUGAUAAAGACAUACGGUGAUCUGUCACGAACCAAAACAAUAACGCUUAAAAAACGUGAAAGAAUUUUGAAAAUUCUUCGCGGAGAAGAACAACUCUCCGCGGAAAAUUCAAAAUUUAGGUUUUGGGUUAGAAAUAAAGGUUUCAGGAUGGAGGUCCCCCACGGAUACGUAACAAAACCGGCUGAUAAUAUCAUUGGAAGAAACGGAUUGGAAAAUGGAAAUACGGAUCUUUACGUUCCGACCGGUCAUAAGCCGACUCUGAAGGAGGAAGAUGGUGGAAUGAACGAGGUGGGGGGUAGGGGAUGA